AUGGCUAUCUUUUUCACAGUUGUUGCCAGAGGCACAACCACACUUGCCAAUCAUGCUUGGUGUGGCAGAAACUUCCUGGAGGAUUUUGAAUGUACCCGAACCUUUGGUUUUCUGAAUGAAAUGAAGAAGAUGUUUCAGAUUUAUGGUUCCAGAGCACAAACAGCCCUUUCCUUUGCCACGAACAGUAAGCUCUCCAGUGUUCUGGCUGCACAACCGAAACAUCACUCUGAGAACAAACACAUGGACAGAGCUGUGGAGACUCAAGCCCAAGUGGAUGAACUAAAAGGAUGCAUGGUCCAGAACACUGAUCUAGUGGCCCAACAAGGAGAAAGACUGGAGUUACUGGUAGAUAAAAUAGAACGUCUGGUAGAUUCAUCAGUCACCUUCAAAAGUACUAGCAGGAACUUUGCCAGAGCCAUGUGUAUGAAGAACUUGAAGCUCACCAUCAUUAUCAUCAUUGCAGUGAUGAUCUUCAUCUAUGUUGUCAUCUCAGUUGCCCGUGGUGGGCUUACCUGGCCAAGUUGUGUGGCGAAAUAA